AUGGACAAAAAGAAUUUGGCAGCAGGUGAUAUGGGUUCUAAACCAAUAAGAACACACCCUAAUUCAUAUGAAACCGUCCCGAAGGUAGCAGCAGAAAUACAGAAGAAGCCUGAACAGGAUCUCCGCCAAUCUAUUCAUAAUAUCUUUGACAAAAGUGCUUCUCCACAUGUCUUAGCAUCUGCAUGCAAAGCAGCUUCAGCAGUUAGGCUAGACACCUUACUUCCUGUGGAAGGCUUUGUUCAAAGCAGAUCUCUUGUAUGCACUGAUCAGAGCUCAGAGGAUCAAGUGGAUGGCCAUAUUGAGCGAGAGGAGUGGUUGGAAUCUUCCCCAGGUUUUGAUGUUCUGGUAGAUGACGGGUCAAAGAACUUGAAUGAAGAUGAUCCAGAGCAUUUACUGGACAGGGAAGGCAGAGAGCUUAAUGGUCGAUUUUUGGGCUAUGAUUUUGAUGAUCAUAUCGAGAAUGAUCCUAUAUAUCCAGAUGCGAGAAUGCUGUAUGAACAAGAUAUACACGAUUCUUAUGAUCUCUUAGAUGAUGAGAGCACAUAUGAUGACGUCAGAAAAUAUCCCAUGCACUCAAGGGAGAGAAUGUUGGAUCGGAUUCCGCCCCAGAAAAGGAAGUUCUUGCCAAUGGGACAGUCGUUCAAUGGCUGGAGUGGUAUGGAUCUUCGAGGCCAUUUGCAGAAACGUAGAUUGAUUGAUGUUCAUUCAGGACAGGAUUUGUCAAGAAGACUCUCCUCAUCUCAUCCGAGUGGUCAAAGCAAGGAAAAACCUCGACAGCAGGGUACAGGGCGGCUGCAUGGUAGAUUGGCGUCGCAAGUGGAAAGUAACAAUUUUGAAUCACACUUCGAGAAUGAAGCAGUAUUUAAUGGUGAUAAUCAACGACAUAGGUCAAUACAUUCUUGUGUAAACAGGUCUAAGCAGCAUUUCAAGGAAAAGAGGCAGGGUAAACAAUUCUUUCCUUCAUCUGAAGUCCCAAGGAAGGAAGCUUCAAAGAAGAGAUCUCCCGAGGAAUAUACUUUGUUUACUGCGCCAAAGACGCUUGCCCAAAUAAAAGAAGAGAAGAGAAAAGCACUAGAAAAUGGAGAUUCCUUCGGGUCAGAAGACUUUCAGGGUCCCAAAUCACUGAGUGAAAUCCUCAAGGACAAAAGCAGGUUGUGUGCAGCAAUUGGUGGCAAUAACGGGAACAGCUUGUUAGAAAUUGAUCAUUACCAACACGAGUAG